GAUUCCGAGGCCAUGGCAUCCACCGCCGUCAUCACCGGCAGCGUCGCCGGCAUCGUCUUUGUUGUGCUGCUCUUGGCCGCUCUCCUCUACGUCCUCCGGCGGAGGAGGAGGUCACGGCCGCGCCAAUCCGCCGAGGACGUCUACUUCUCCAAGUCAGACCAGCUGAAGCCCCUCAAGACCUACGUCGACCCCCACACCUACGAAGACCCCAACCAAGCCAUGCUCAAGUUCACCACUGAGAUCCCCCCGUCCUUUAUCACCCGCCAGAAGGUCAUCGGCGCCGGUGAAUUUGGGGAGGUGUACAAGGGCACCCUGAAGCGCGGCAGGAAGGAGGUGCUGGUGGCCAUCAAGACGUUGAAGGUGGGCUACACAGAGAAGCAGCGCGUGGACUUCCUGAGCGAGGCCACCAUCAUGGGGCAGUUCUGCCACCCCAACAUCAUCCGCCUUGAGGGCGUCGUCUCCAAGUACAAGCCCUUCAUGAUCAUCACGGAGUACAUGGAGAACGGGGCGCUGGACAAAUUCCUGCGGGAAAAAGAGGGUGAAUUUGGCGUCAUCCAGCUGGUGGGGAUGCUGAGGGGCAUCGCCGCUGGCAUGAAGUACUUGGCAAACAUGAACUACGUCCAUCGUGACCUGGCCGCCAGGAACAUCCUGGUGAACAGCAACCUGGUGUGCAAAGUGUCUGAUUUCGGGCUCUCGAGGGUGCUGGAGGAUGAUCCUGAGGCCACCUACACCACCAGUGGCGGGAAGAUCCCGAUCCGAUGGACAGCACCCGAAGCCAUCUCCUACCGCAAGUUCACCUCUGCCAGCGACGUCUGGAGCUACGGCAUUGUCAUGUGGGAGGUGAUGUCCUACGGCGAGCGGCCCUACUGGGAGCUCUCCAACCACGAGGUGAUGAAGGCCAUCAACGAGGGUUUCCGCCUCCCGGCGCCGCUGGACUGUCCCUCGGCCAUCUACCAGCUGAUGAUGCAGUGCUGGCAGCAGGAGCGCAGCCGGCGCCCCAAGUUCACCGACAUCGUCAGCAUCCUCGACAAACUCAUCCGGGCCCCCGAGUCCCUCAAGGCACUGGCAGAUUUCGACCCCCGGGUGUCCAUCCGGCUGCCCAGCACCAGCGGCUCCGAGGGCGUCCCGUUCCGCUCGGUCCCGGAGUGGCUGGAGUCCAUCCGGAUGCCCCAGUACACCGAGACCUUCAUGGCCUCGGGCUACAGCACCAUCGAGAAGGUCCUGCAGAUGACCGGCGAGUGAGUCCCUGUCCCUGUCCCCUGGACAUUCCCAGCCCAGCCCCUCCAGCUCCCACGGGACUGGGAUGUGCUGGGAACGGAAACCACUUCCGUGGCCUUGGGGGCCCGAGGGACGGGAUAAAAUUAGAUGUUCCUUGGCUGGAGAGGCUGGGAUGAGCUGUGUCAGUCUGUCCAUCCCUUGGGAUGAGUCAUGUCCAUCCAUCCAUCCAUCCCUCGGG